AUGCCAUGUAAUAUCAAAUGGUAUAAGAGCAUUGCAAAUGUUUUUAGAAAUAUAAUUCUACUCUCUGUGAAUGAUUUAAAUAACUCUAGUAGCGAAAAAACAGAUUAUUCAAAUGAAAAAGAUGAAUGGAAAGAAGGGGGUGGUUUUGAAAGUUCCUCUAGUGAAAAGAAGUAUUCUUCAGUAGAGGAUCUUUUAACUAAGAAACAGCUGGUAAAAAUCUUUAUAAAUUUGAUACAGCUUCCAUAUGUAUAUAAGCAAUUUAGAUUUAAUAAAGAAUUAUUUAAAUAUAGUUCUAUAGAUGAGUAUAUAAAAGAAAAAUUAGAAGAAAAAACACUAAAGCAAUAUAUUGAAUUACAAGUAGAAUUGAAUAAAGUAAAAAUGAAAAUAAUAAAAUUCUUUGGAAUUAUUUAUUUCCAGAUAGAUGAAUUCAUGCGCGCGCAGCAUGAGUUCGAUGAAUUUAAAGAAAAAAACCUAGCAUUAUUUGAUAUAAGCACAUGGAGUAAGAUUGGAGUGAACAGGAAGUAUCUGCAACAUCUACUUGGUUGGCAGGCCACAAACUACUCUUUUGUUCACCAAGCGAUUUAUCUAGUUAGGUUAAUAGAGAAUAUACUGAAAAAUGACAAUAAUGAAUUUUUUAUUUCAUUAAAGAACUAUAUAGAAGGCAAUACAGCUAGACAUUUAUAUAGUAAUAAAAAAAAUAAGAAUACAAAUAGGUAUUUUAACCACAUUUACAAACUGAUUCGUUUAUCGCGUAGUGCACUUAGAGAUAAAAACAUUACAAAUUUGACUGAGAAUAACAUAGAUGCCCUUAAUAGAGCAGUAAUGUUUUUGUUAGAGCAAAUAAUGAAUAUGUUAUUGUGUAUUAAUAGCGAUAUUUGUAAAAGCAUCAAUAUAGUCUUUAAUUUCAUGAGUUAUCAUCGGGUUAACAUGGAUUUGUUAUUUUUGAACCAUUUGCUUACGGAUCAAAUUCAAUCUAUUUGGAGCGUAGCAGAAUUGGUGCAGACUUAUGUCAUAUCAAACUCAAAUUACAUAACAAACACUAAUCAAAAAACUAAAAAGGAUCAGUCUAAUAAGCUAAAUCGUGCUGGGCAUGAAGUUUCAAACACAGAAGACGAAUUUUUUCAUGAGACAUGCGAUGUUAUUAAGGACUUUAGUUUAGCUACUAAAUCGCAUGAAAGAAUGAAUCAAGACACCUUUCUGAAUACAACACCAGACACUAGAACUGCAGCAGUGACAAACACCCCUAAAGAGCUCUAUGUAAUUUCCCCAGAUGUUUACAAUAAAGCUGAUGAUAAAGGUGAAGUGCCUUUAAUAACACCACAAUAUGAGGAAACGGAUUCAAACGAAACCAUCCGCAUGUAUGCAUUUACUCUAGAAACAGAUAAGAGUGAAACAGAGCAUACAAUUAUAGAUAUUUUGAUUAAUAUAUUAAUAUUGUUUGUAGCUGUGAGUGUAUUCUGGUUAUUAUAUACAAAAAUACUAAGAAGGUAUUUAUAA